AUGUUGAUUUUAGUGCUGAUUGCGAACAGCUUCGCAAGCCACGACAGUUUCAUUCAUUCACACCAUUAUCAUGAUCAUUCAUAUGGGCAUUUCCACUCGUACGACCGUAGCUACGGAUACUAUCGAUAUCGAUGGUCUCGACCAAGAUAUUAUUACAACGAUUAUAGAGGAUACAAUCGUUGGGGUCGUCCUCGUGGAGGCCUUUUAGGACGAAUAUUCCGUGGUCUGUUUGGUGGCGGAGGUGGUGGAUAUUAUGACGGAUAUCCAAAUUACUACUAUAACGGAUACGGCUAUUCGAACUAUGGGAACGCGCAAUGCACCGCGCAAUUCAUCGACUACGUUGGCAACAGGCCAAGAUAUUACUGUAAUUGUCCACCGUACCCACCGAAUUAUCAAUACUUCCAGUGUGUGCCAAUGGCAGGCAAAAAAUAA